UGCCCCCCUCCUCCCACAGCCGUGUCCUCCUGGCCGUCCCCAAGCACCCGAGCCCCCACCCCCGCGCUUCUGCCGGAGCUCCCAGGCGCGCGCCGCCGGGACGACGGCGAGCACCUGGUGCUCGGGGCAGGCGGAAGCUAGCCAGCAGCGCUAGCCCGGGGCCGCGUGCUGCAUGAGCGGAGGCGCCGCGCGCGAGCUGCACGGCGACGGCGCGGCGUGGCGGGCAGCGACGAGGGUCUCUCUAGCUUUACGCGGCGGGCGGGCGCGCGGCUCGCUCCUUGCCUGAUCGUGGAUUUUAUACUCGCCGCCGCCGCCGCCUCGUGCGGCCUGCUGUAGCUGGAAAGGCGCCCGUGCGCCCUCCGGGCCACCGGCCAGCUGAUAAAAAGGCGGACGAGUGACAAGGGGAGGCGGAUAUUCGGGUAUCCGGAGGCGAGAUUUGGAUCGGGAUCUCGCCGGGAUGAAGGACCAGGGAUCGGCCGGCGUCUCGCCCGGCCCGCCGGAGGGGGAGAAGAAGGCCAUCAACUCGGAGCUGUGGCAUGCCUGUUCCGGGCCUCUGGUGGCGAUGCCGCCGGUGGGCAGCCUUGUCGUCUACUUCCCACAGGGCCACAGCGAGCAGGUCGCCGCUUCGAUGCACAAGGAGGUGGACAUCAUCCCCAAUUACCCUUCUCUUCCUUCUAAGCUGAUCUGCAAGCUUCUGAGCCUCACCCUACAUGCAGAUUCUGAAACAGACGAAGUUUAUGCUCAGAUGACGCUUCAGCCUGUUAACAAAUAUGAUCGGGACGCAAUGCUGGCAUCUGAACUGGGUCUGAAGCAAAACAAGCAGCCAGUGGAGUUCUUUUGCAAGACGCUGACAGCGAGCGACACAAGUACUCAUGGUGGAUUCUCGGUGCCACGUCGUGCGGCGGAAAAAAUAUUCCCACCACUAGACUUUACGAUGCAACCACCCGCUCAAGAGCUGAUGGCCAAGGAUCUUCAUGACAUUCCAUGGAAAUUCCGACACAUUUUUCGAGGUCAACCAAAGAGACACCUUUUGACAACUGGUUGGAGUGUCUUUGUCAGUACAAAAAGGCUUUUAGCUGGUGAUUCAGUUCUGUUUAUAAGGGAUGAGAAAUCUCAGCUUCUCUUAGGCAUACGGCGUGCUACAAGACCUCAGCCAGCUUUAUCAUCCUCAGUUUUAUCCAGCGACAGCAUGCACAUUGGGAUUCUAGCAGCAGCAGCCCACGCUGCCGCAAACAGUAGUCCUUUUACUAUUUUCUACAAUCCAAGGGCGAGCCCAUCAGAAUUUGUCAUCCCUUUAGCAAAAUAUAACAAGGCUCUGUAUACACAAGUUUCUCUCGGGAUGCGGUUCAGGAUGCUGUUUGAGACUGAGGAUUCGGGGGUCCGAAGGUACAUGGGCACGAUCACGGGUAUCGGUGACUUGGAUCCAGUGCGGUGGAAGAAUUCUCAUUGGCGGAACCUUCAGGUUGGUUGGGAUGAAUCAACUGCAUCUGAGAGGCGCACUCGUGUUUCGAUAUGGGAGAUUGAACCAGUUGCCACACCUUUUUAUAUUUGUCCACCACCAUUUUUCAGGCCAAAACUUCCUAAGCAGCCAGGAAUGCCAGAUGAUGAAAGCGAGGUUGAUAGUGCUUUCAAAAGAGCCAUGCCAUGGCUUGGUGAUGACUUUGCCCUAAAAGAUGUCCAAAGUCAAUUAUUUCCAGGCCUGAGCUUAGUUCAAUGGAUGGCUAUGCAGCAGAAUCCUCAGAUGCUUCCAGCUGGUGCCCCAGCUGUGCAGGCGCCGUACUUGAACUCCAGUGCAAUGGCUAUGCAGGAUGGGAUGGGCACUGGCAAUGACGACCUGAUGAGAAGAUUCAAUAUGCAAGGCCAAAAUAUUGGUUUAUCUAACUCACAGGUUGGCUCAAAAAUGGACCACCCUGCAAUGGCGCAACAUCAACAGCAGUCCCACCAACUACAACAACAGCAGCAGGUCCAGCAAUCACAGCAAAGUUCUGCGGUUCAGCAACAGCAAGCCCAAUUGCUGCAGCAGAAUGCCAUUCAUCUCCAGCAGCAGCAAGAACAUCUCCAACGUCAGCAGUCACUGCCACAGCAGCAGCAAGAACAUCUCCAAAGGCAGCAGUCACAGCCACAGCAGCAGUUGAAGACCGCUGCAAGUAUGCCGUCAAUGGAGCAGCAUAAGCUGAGAGAACAACAGCCCCAAGGUGGACAGGCUGUUUCGCAAGCACAAAUGUUGAGCCAGAUUUUCCAGCCAUCUUCCUCUCAGCUACAACAGUUGGGUUUACCAAAGUCGCCUACCCAGCGCCCGGGAUUUCCAGGUUUACCAACUGCGUGUUCUUUGCAGCAGCCAGCUCUAGGCCAGGCACCACAGGUCCAGCAAGCAGCAGAAUAUCAGCAGGCCCUUUUACAGAGUCAGCAACAGCAGUUACAACAACUGUCACAACCAGAAAUGCAGCUCCAGCUGCUUCAAAAGAUUCAGCAGCAAAAUAUGUUAUCUCAACUGAACCCGCAGCAUCAAUCGCAGCUGAUGCAACAGUUAUCACAGAAAAAUCAGGAAUAUCUCCAGCAACAGAUUUUGCAACACCAGCUGAGCGGCUCUGAUGCUAUGGUCCAGUUCAAACAAUCACAUCAGACACCCUCAAACAACAUCACAGGAUCUCUGACGCCCCAGCAGCUUGCAAGGUCCCACUCAGCACUUGCCGAGAGCGAGGAUCCAUCAAGCUCAACUGCUCCAUCUGCCAAUCGUCUUUCUCCAAUGAAUUCAUUGAGCAGAACACACCAAGGGAGCAGAAACCUAACUGACAUGACAACAUCACCACAUAUUGACAACUUACUUCAGGAAAUUCAAAGCAAGCCAGAUAACCGAAACAAGAAUGAUACGCAGAGUAGCAAAGAAACGAUCCCUGUACCCAAUCGAUACCCAGUUUCAGAUCAACUGGAUGCUUCAUCUGCCACGUCCUUUUGUUUAGAUGAGAGCCCACGAGAAGGCUUUUCAUUUCCCCCAGUUUGUUUGGACAGCAAUGCUCAAGUCGACCCAAGGGAUAACUUUCUUAUUGCGGAAAAUGUGGAUUCACUGAUGCCGGAUGCCCUGUUGUCAAGAGGGAUGGGUUCUGGAAAGGAUAUUUGCAAUCUUCCUUCUGGGCAAAGGGAUCACAGGGAGGUUGAUAAUGAGCUAUCAUCUGCUGCAUUCAGUUCCCAGUCAUUUGGUGUGCCUGACAUGUCCUUCAAGCCUGGAUGUUCAGGUGAUAUUGCUGUUAAUGAUGGUGGAAUGCCAAGCCAAGGAUUGUGGAAUAAUCAAACACAGCGGAUGAGAACUUUCACAAAGGUUCAAAAGCGUGGAUCUGUGGGGAGAUCAAUCGACAUCACACGGUAUACAAAUUAUGAUGAACUUCGGCAUGAUCUUGCAUGCAUGUUUGGUAUUCAAGGCCAGCUUGAAGAUCCGUACAGAAUGGACUGGAAGCUAGUCUAUGUUGAUCAUGAAAACGACAUCCUCCUUGUUGGGGAUGACCCAUGGGAGGAGUUUGUGAGCUGUGUGAAGAGCAUCAAAAUAUUAUCAUCUGUGGAAGUGCAACAGAUGAGUUUGGAUGGCGACCUCGGCGGUAUCCCUUCACAAACACAAGCCUGUAGUGCUUCCGAUGAUGCAAAUGCAUGGAGAGGAUCCUGAUGUACAUACUAAAUUGAUGUGCUUCUUACCAUUGUUUAAAGGAUACCCACAGGUUUAAGGACCCAACACACAGCUAGUAUUAUUCUGAGGUUAGACCUAGAGCCAACUCACUGACAAAAUUGAUCAAAUGCUUCUGGCGAAAGGUGUUCAGCGAACCGCCUUAUUGCGGAGCUGUUGCGUCUUGUUCCCACUAAAAUACGGUGACCUAUCUUCAUGAUCAGAUUAGUUUCGUUUUUGGCACACAGAACUGCUUCGAAUUUCAUAAGCUACAUGUGUUUACCUGGGACUUGCAGCCAUUGUAAUGUUACAAGUUGAUCAACUAUCUGAAUGUAUAUAUGUGUGAUUUAUGUA